AAGCCAUUAGCGCGAAGCAUGCUGGUCUCGGUCUUUCCUCCCCGGACUCGGAUCCUCCAGCAUGGGCAAGUGUCGUGGACUUCGUACCGCCAGAAAGCUGCGGGACCACCGCCGUGAGCAGAAAUGGCACGACAAGCAGUACAAGAAGGCCAAUUUGGGCACCGCCCUGAAGGCUAACCCCUUUGGAGGAGCUUCACACGCCAAAGGAAUUGUCCUUGAGAAAGUUGGUGUUGAAGCCAAGCAGCCUAACUCUGCUAUUAGGAAGUGCGUCAGGGUCCAGCUGAUCAAGAAUGGCAAGAAGAUUACUGCUUUCGUCCCCAAUGACGGUUGCCUGAAUUUCAUUGAGGAAAACGAUGAAGUUCUGGUGGCAGGAUUUGGUCGUAAGGGACAUGCCGUCGGUGAUAUCCCUGGUGUACGUUUCAAGGUGGUGAAGGUGGCCAACGUUUCCCUCCUGGCCCUCUACAAAGGCAAGAAGGAGAGACCUAGGUCGUAAAUACAUGCCCAUUACACAAUAAAUGGAAAAUUUUCAGAUACAAUAA